UGGUUACCGUACGGAUUUCCAGUUCGUGUUUGUUGCCCGUGAAGAAUGCCUUCUGUUAACCACAAACUAGAAAAACAGGCCUCUACGGAGACCGUGGACCCCUUACGCCAAGUGAUCGUCGUAAUCGAGCAUAAAAUUCGUAAUCUCGAAAAGCGUAAGGGUAGACUUGAGUCGUACAGGGAUUUGCAAAAAAAUGGAAAAGAGCUGAAUUCUGAUCAGAAGACAGCAGUGGCUAAAUAUGACGAAGUUCUUCAGACGUUGGAUAAUACUCGAGAUUUGUAUAAGCAGAUUGUCAGUAUUGCCAAUGAUGCGGUUAAACAACAAAAGAAAUUGGCGCGAAAGGAGGCUGUUGAACGAAUGCAACAGGACAUUGCAAAAGUAAAAGAGGCGCUACUCAUACAACACAUCUUGGUAAACAUAGGAACUAGCUCAGUUAGAGAUGACUUUUUGCAUGGAAAAAACGGAGCUGUAAAGCUGUCGGAGGAAGAGUUGAAGUACCUGGAAUGCUUAUACAAUGAGAUAUUGAUGAAAAAUCGUGAAGAGGGUGAUCUGGUAUUUGGUCAACAAACGCAGAAAGUGGCUGAGCAUCUUGUAGCAAUUAUGGAUGGAAAACAACGUGAAGUUGUUGGAACUACCUACAACAAAUUAAAAGAGAUUACUGUAAAAAUCAAUCAAUCUGGCUAUUUUGAUCAAGUUCACGAAUCUUCAGAAUCAGCACCAGUAGAAGAGCUUAUUGAAGCUGUGGCCGAGACAAAGAUUACUGACGUACAGACAGUGCAGGAACAAGUCAGCGAGGAAUAUAACAGCAACGAUAGGCACAUUCCACCUGAAUCCAUGAUACCCAUUCCAAAUUUUCCAGUCCAAGUUGCUCCACUUCCCGUUGUUUCCGGUACCGCUCCGGUCUCGGGACCCAUCCCGGUUGUUCCGCAGCCUAUGCCGCCUCACCCAGCCGCACCAGUCGACACUCCUUAUUACACAAAUACUACCAACUUCGUUCCUCAGCCGCAACAGCAACAACCGCAGCAGGCUCAGCAAUCCCAACAGCAGCCUCCGCCGGCACCUCGAAUCAACGACGUCAUAGGAACGCCGAAUUUUUUCUUCUUACAGGAAUCUGAGCUCGAUUCGCCAGAUGUCACCUCGCAAGCACCCAUCGUGUCUCACAUUCCUCCUACAGUUAACGCACCCAUCCCCACUCAGACUUUUACGAAUCAGAACUUUGCAAAUGCUCCGGUAGGCGUUCAGCAGGUUAUUUAUCAACAUCAACCUGAUAUUGCACACAUUCCGGGAUUCACCAAUCCUAAUCCACCACCACCGAUUCCUAUGCCGCCGUCGCAUCAACCGGCGAAUAUGCAAUUUAGCCCGCAGCAUCCAUCUAAUUAUCAGCCUCAACAACCACAACAGCAACAAAAUGCGGCGCAGCAAUUGCAGCAGGGACAGACGCCAAAUUUUAAGGAACAAACGCUUCAACAGGAAACACAGACAUCCACAGAGGAAAAGCCCGAGAAUAUUCAAAAUGGAACCGUUACCACAGAUUCAUCAUUGGAACAGCAAAAUGAAUCUGUCGAUUGGUGUCAGAUGACUGAAACCAACGAUUGGAAUCAAUCCGAUCAACAGCAGCCGGUUCAAGAUUCUCAACAGGGUCCACAACAACAGACAUCUCCGCAGACUUGGGGUGAUCAACAACGUGGUGGAUACAGGACCAGGGGAGGCAGAAGAGGGACUGCUAAUGGUUAUAAUGGCAGAAGCAGGACUAAUUAUCAGCAAAACGGUCGCGCAGGACAAGGCUCAUAUUAUCGCAACGACAGCAAUUACCAAAAUGGAUAUCAACAACGUUCUUGGGGUAACAACGACGGAAAUAACGGAUACAAUAAUGGUUUCAAGCGUGCCGGUGGCGGUGGACCCAGAGGACCUGCGCGAAAUGAACGCUCAGGACCUCGCGGACAAUUUCGCACUCAGAGGGGUAACCGUAGUGGAUUUGCCCCACGCAGCAAGCCUCACACGCAAUAAACGGGAUAAGAAAACGCUACACUAGCGUAAAUACACACUAAAACACACAGUAAACUAUACGCUCUGCAUCCUUAUAGUUUUAUUAUGCAUUUACGCUAGAUGCAGCAUCACGAUUCAACUGUCUAUUUACGAAAAAGCUUAAGUCGGGACAAUGCAUUUGCAAUGCGAAACGCAACUCCAAAGUAGUAGGUGUCAUGCAGUGUCGCAUGAGUAAUACACAUGAUUUUCGUAUUGAAGGUUCAUUAAGCGAAAUGUAGUUUUUGUAAUACAGAAAGAACUGUAUAACACAAUUUUUUUAUCUUUAUUGCAUAUUUGCAUGUGCAUUGAAUACGGAAAUAAAGUUAAUUGUACACAAAACAUAGUUUUGCAUCUGGUACAAUCUGACGUUUACCUAUAUGGUACAAAGCUGUGUACGAUGAAAUGGAGUUUGAGGAAUUUGUGCUGGCACUUGCUGAUACUUUGCGGCUUAGGAUAUUUCUUAAAUAUGACAUUGAAGUACGAAUAAAACUGCAAUCAAUUGCAUUUGAAUUUGGUGUAAUUACGACAAAAAGAUUAAAUGUUAUUAAAACAGAUGCAGAGAUGACAUUGUGAUAUAAAGGAAAAACAACCAAAUUCAGAAGCGUGAACCUACCAUGCAAGUAUUAUUGUAUUAUGACAGAAGGCAGGUUUCACAGGGCAACAACAGCUGAUUACAAAGAUUAGAAAAAAAAAAUAAUUUUAUUAUAAAAAAAUACAAAAAAAACGAGAACUCACAAACAUUUCAUGUAAAGACUACAAGAACGUAUUUAAAGAAUAACGUUAAGAUGAUUAUAAGUAUAUAAUAAGCGACCUGCACGACCAUCUCUUCGUCUUGCGGCGCAUCGUUCCAGAGAGAAUUUUCUAAGAUACCAGAAAAAAAGAGGAUACAGCGAGCAAUGCCUUCUAAACCGCUAAAUAUAUCUUAACUUCAUACUCUGUGUCUCGGGUAUGAAUUUGAGGCGUAAACAUAGACAAUUAAAAAUUUAUCGAAGAAUCUUAUAGUUCGAGAGUUGUAAGUGACACGAUAUGUACAAGGUUUUUUCACAUAGAGAUAUGUGUCGUGACACCGUACUGACUUGUAUCGCAGUCGCUCCCUCAUUUGUUUUUUUUCUGCGUUAUUCCAAAAUUCUUCGUGGUAGUCGCGCCCACACAGCCAUGGCCAAGCGAAAGAGAUCGCAGUGCAAUGUCCUCGUUUACGAUGUAACACAUUACCUGAUUUUUUGUAUUACAAAAAAAAAGAAAUGUAUGAUUAUUUUUAAAACAGAGGAAGCGAUUAGCGUGCGGGGCUUUAGCGUGUAAGUCGAGUUCAAUAUAUGAUUAUUGACAAAAUCCAGAAGGAGAAAGAGAGAAAAGAGGCUGUGCUUUCAUAGUGCGCCGCCGAUAAGUUACGCUCCACACCGCUGAACACGCGAUUAAAAGUACCAUUUAUUGUAUUUCGUUUGUACAUUUGUGUUUAAUCACUUUUCACCCUCCCCAUUUCGAUUACGUUAAUCCUACAAAUACCUAUGUAUCUUCCAAAUAAAGAUCUACUUCAAUCCUGCUAA